AUGGUUUCCCUGGAAGUGGUACAGCAAUCCAACAAGCUUCUCGGCAGUCUGCCACAGUGCGAAGGACUGGUGGCUGUGUUCGUUGGAGCAACUUCCGGCAUCGGACUGAGCGCGCUUGAGCAUUUGGCCCGUUCAGCAACGGCUCCCCGCAUUUAUAGCGCUGCUCGGGCUCAGACUGCAGCAGCCCACAAGGCAUUCCUCGAGACGCUCCACAAUGAAACGGAUAAGGCUGGACAGGGAACCAAGACCGGCGCAUUUACCAUGAUCGAUGCCGAUGCUUCCCUUGUCCAGGACAUGGAUCGUCUCGCGACCGCCGUGGCACAACGCGAGGCCAAAGUGGACCUGAUCGUCCUCUCUGCAGGGUUCUUCGCCUUUGAAGGCCGUAUCGAUACUGUCGAAGGAUUGGACCCCUCCAUGUCGACGCGGUACUAUGCUCGCAUCCGCCUGGUGGAGCGUCUGCUGCCACUACUCGACGCUGCACCGCACGCUCGCGUGGUGUGGGUGCUUGCCGCCGGUGAGGAGUCGCCGCUCAACGAAGACGAUCUGGACCUGAGACAACCCGAGAAUUGGUCGUUGUGGAAUGCAUCGCGACAUGCGUGCACCAUGAGCACGCUGGCGCUCGAGCGCAUCGCCCGGGACCAUCCUCGCCUAAGCAUUACACAUUGGUUCCCUGGCCCGGUCCAAACGCCAGGAUUGGAGCGCAGCAAUGCCAAUGGCUUGAAUCCACCCAACCCACGCACGCAGGAUGAAGCUGGACAGCGUGUCGUCUUCUUGGCCACUAGCGAUCGCUAUGCACUGAAUCCAGGGUGGGUCCCCGUCCCGGCCGGAUUACAGCGGUUGCCUCCGGCCGCAGGCGGAAUCUUCAUGGUCGGAGCCGACGGGGAGCUCAAGGACAAUCAGGCUGUCCUGGGGCCUAUGCGUGAGAAGGGCCUAGAUGAACGUGUCUGGGCCUUCACACAAGCCAUGUUUGAAGAGAUUGGGCGUCACUGA